GUAAAAAUACAAAAGCUGAAAGAGAAUAAUGCUGCCACCAAGCAAGAAGAAUAUGGCGAAUAGUUAUAAGCCAAUUUGCAGCUUCCAUGGAGACUCCACCUCCACCUCCACCUCCAGUCUCGUUCUCACAACUGAUCCAAAGCCUCGACUCAGAUGGACUCUCGAGCUCCAUGAACGAUUUGUCGAUGCUGUGACUCAGCUUGGAGGACCCGAAAAUGCAACUCCAAAGAACAUCCUUAGAAUUAUGGGGGUUAAAGGUCUCACUCUUUUCCAUCUCAAGAGCCAUCUUCAGAAAUUCAGGCUUGGGAAGCAAUCACAAUACAAGGAUCAUUUCACUGACCAAGCAACAGCUAGGAACACUGAAAGAGGAGGCUUUCAAAGAAAUAAUAUUUCUGCAGCUACUUCAGCUGGGAUAGCAAAUUGUACCUUGAGUGACAGGAACAUACACCCAAGUGAAGUACUUAGAAUGCAAAUGGAAGAGCGAAGGAGAUCAGAUCAAGAUUUAGAGGUACAACAACACCUUCAAAUGAGGAUUGAUGCGCAGAGAAAAUAUAUGCAAACGAUGAUGGAGAAAGCUUGCCACACAAUUAAUUGUGAAGAAAAUGUGAGCAGUCAGAGUCAAUGGCUUAAUCUUGGUAUUGAUGAUCAAGAGCUCCAGGAAAUGAAUAUUAACAUUAUGAAAGAUUUUAGUUUCCUAGAAAACUUUCCAUCUCUAGAAGAAUUCAACGUUGGUACCACUUCUUCUUUACUUGAAGAUGAUGCUUUCAAAGGGAAUGAUCAACAGCUUCAGCUUCAGCUUCAAAUGGCGCCCCUCACAGCUGAUGGUAACAAAAAUAUCAUAAGAUUCAUGCCAGGAAAUUCUUGAAAAUUCAGAUUCUUGUGGACUAUUACCCAUUCUCGUGAGUGCAAUUGUAGAGGAUAACCUCUUUUUUUUUUUUUUUAAGUAAGAACUCUUAGUUUUAUGUUUGUAUAUGCCUUUGUCUAAGCAUUUGAUAUUACUAUGGGAAAACUGAUAUUCAAGGAUGUAGAA